AUGGCUACAGUUGAGAAGACGCAGGAUGCCCCUGAGACACCCAAGAACGCCGCUUCAGAGGUCUCGGUGGCCGUUGACAAGGCCGAAGAAAGUUCGUCUACAGAGGCAGCAGGCGAGCCCAGAUUAACUGGGCUUCGACUGGCAGCAGUCUUUACAGUCUUGUGUCUCGCUGUCUUUCUCGUCGCAUUGGAUAACACCAUCGUCGUGACGGCCAUCCCAAGGAUAACCGACGAAUUCCAAGCACUGCAAGAUGUGGGCUGGUAUGGCUCGUCCUACCUUCUCACGACGUGCAUGUUCCAGCUCAUCUUUGGCAAGCUCUACGGAUACUUUCCGAUAAAAUGGGUCUUUUUGGCAGGCGUGGUGAUCUUCGAGAUCGGAUCUGCCAUCUGUGGUGCUGCUCCGUCCUCAGUUGCGUUCAUUAUAGGCAGAGCCAUUGCUGGACUCGGUGCGUCGGGCAUCUUCCAGGGGGCAAUGGUCAUUAUUGCGUACUCGGUUGAUCCUCGAAAGCGGCCUAUGUACAACGGCAUUUUUGGCUCUACCUAUGGCAUCUCCUCGAUCAUUGGGCCCCUGAUCGGCGGUCUAUUUACAUCGCAUGUUACCUGGAGAUGGUGUUUCUACAUUAAUCUCCCGAUUGGCGGCGUUGUCAUUGCUAUCUUGGUUAUCUUUCUGCAGUUACCUCCCAUCAUCAAAUCUGAAUCGGACUGCAAGACUUUCAUUCAGCACAUGGACCCCCUCGGCAUUAUCUCCUUCCUUCCCGCCACUGUAUGCCUACUGUUGGCUCUACAGUGGGGAGGGACCACAUACCCGUGGUCGAAUGCUCGGAUUAUCGCCUUGUUCGUCUUGGCUGGCGUGUUGAUUAUCGUCUUCGUCAUAGUUCAGCUGAAACUGCCAGAGAACGCGAUGGUUCCUCCCAGGAUCAUUCGAAUUUCCCUGUUUGCGUACUCGUCUCUCUUUAUGAUUGUGUUCUCUGGUGCUUACUUUACUCUCCUCUAUUACCUGCCUAUCUGGUUUCAGGCUAUCAAGGGCGCCUCUGCUGUCAACUCGGGAAUCAUGUGUCUCCCGAUGAUGUUGUCUAUGGUGAUAUUCUCGUUCAUCACUGGGGGAGGUGUAACUGCAACGGGCAAGCACCUUCCAUUCUUCAUCCUCGCCACUGUUUUGUCAACCAUUGGUGCAGGACUGAUUACGACAUUUGAGACAGACACUGGUCAUCCCAAGUGGAUAGGAUACCAAGUUCUCGUCGGCGCCGGAAUAGGUUUAGGCGUUCAGCUUCCGGUGAUCACCGCGCAGGCUGUUCUCCCUGCGCCAGAUAUCCCUGUGGGAACCGCCAUUAUGACCUUCUGCCAGACUUUUAGCGGAGCCAUAUUUGUAGCCGUCAGCCAAGCACUUUUCACCAACAAGCUUCGGAGUGGGAUCCUGAAUACAGUGCCUGGUGUCAGCCCGUCGAUCGUCGAGCAGAUAGGAGCAACGAAUCUGGAUACAGUCAUCGACGCGAAGCACAUGCCGGCGGUACGAGAAGUAUACAACGAGGCCUUGGUGUCGAUAUGGUAUCUUGCCGUUGCACUCUUUGGCGUUUCGGUCGCGGUGGUAGGAGUCAUGACGUUGAGAGCGAGAAGGCAAUUUUCAAUCGUGUAG